ACCAAAUUAAAAAGAAGAAGUUUCUCCAUGAUUAGAACUCUGCAUCCAAAACCAGAAAAGCUGCCUCCCCAAUCUCUCUCUCUCUCUCUCUCUCUCUCUCUGUAGACGUCAAUGGCGAAUUUGUUUUUCGCCAUCUCAACGGUCCAGCCUAAACUUGCGUAACCGCCUCAUGCUCAUCACUAACUGUCUGUGUUUAUAUUUGUAUCUUGCUCCUUUGUCCUCUCUCUAUCUCCAUCUCUCUCAUUAUUAGCGUGAAAUUUGGAGCUUUCUUUGCAGUUUGAUCUGAGAUUGUGAUCGCUGGAUUUGGCGAGAGAUAAGAUUCAAUUGCACAUCGGUAGUGGUUGAAAUUUUGAAGAGCUGUUGUGGCUGCUUUAUUACCUUUUAGAGAGUGGUUCUCUGAUCUGAGUUAUGCUUUUGAUUAUGGCUCAGUGGCUGCCAGAGGAAUGCUGAAUCUUGGCUCCUUUUUUUGAUCUGGAUGGUGCCGGAUGAUAGGUCGUAGUAUUUUUCAUUCUUUGAUGUUCAAAUCGAAUCAAUAGCAAAUAUUCGGUGGUUUUAUUGGCUCUACAAUUGAGGGGCUGGCAGAAUUUGGACAUGAGAAGCCCUUGGAUAAAAAAACUAACUCUGAUUUUUGGCCCUAGACCGCCGUUUAACUGGUUACUCUUGCUUCUUGUCAGCAUCAUUGUGUUAAUAGCUUUGUUGGGAUCAUCUUCUUCUAGUACUUUCGAUUCUGUUUCCUCGACAGCAAAAGCUGACAUUUAUUCAAACUAUAGAAGGUUAAAGGAGCAAGCGGCUGCUGAUUACUUGGAGCUAAGAAGUAUUUCACUCGGAGCUUACCAUAUAAAGGAUGUUGGUCUUUGUAGCAAAGAUAGAGAAAACUAUGUGCCUUGCUACAAUGUGACUGCAAAUUUACUAGCUGGUUUGAAAGAUGGGGAGGAACAUGAUCGGCAUUGUGAGAUUUCACGAGAUUGGCAGCACUGUUUAGUACGUCCUCCUAAGGACUAUAAGAUUCCUUUAACUUGGCCUUCAGGCAGGGAUGUCAUCUGGAGUGGAAAUGUUAAAUUAACCAAAGAUCAUUUCUUGUCGUCUGGAAGUAUGACAAAAAGGUUAAUGUUAUUAGAAGAGAAUCAAAUUGCUUUUCAUUCUGAGGAUGGAGUGGCUGACGAUGGUGUCAAAGAUUACUCUUACCAAAUUGCAAAAAUGAUGGGGCUGGGAAGUGACCAUGAACUUCUUCAAGCUGGUGUGCAGACUGUGUUAGAUGUUGGCUGUGGGUUUGGUAGCUUUGGAGCCCAUUUACUAUCCCUGAAUUUGAUGCCUCUGUGUAUAGCCGCAUAUGAGUCUUCAGGUAGCCAGGUCCAAUUAGUACUUGAGAGAGGGAUUCCAGCAAUUAUCGGAAACUUCAUCACGAAACAGCUUCCAUUUCCAGCAUUGGCGUAUGACAUGGCUCAUUGUGCUCAGUGUGGAAUCCUAUGGGAUAAAAAAGAUUGGCUAUUCCUUAUUGAAAUUGACCGAAUACUCAAGCCAGGAGGUUAUUUUGUUUUAACCUCACCCGCAAGCCAGCGGCAAGGGAGUUCUAUCAGUACUAAGACUGGAAGUGUGUCAACUCCAUUUGAAGAAUUUACCAAGAAUAUCUGUUGGAAUCUUCUAGCGCAGCAAGGAGAGACUUCCAUCUGGCAGAAGACUCUUGAUUCUCAUUGUGCAUCAAACACGCAAAGAACAGUGCCUGUUUGUAAAGGAGAGGAUUUUCAAGCAUACUAUCACCCUCUUGCUCCUUGUAUUUCUGGGACAACCAGUAAUAGAUGGACCCCAAUUCAUGUCGGAUCUAAGGCCUUAAACUCAACAGGUGUUCAUAAUGACGAUUUCUUUGAAGACUCAGAGUUCUGGAGAUCUUCAUUAAGAAACUAUUGGUCACUUCUUUCACCAUUGAUUUUCUCUGACCAUCCAAAGAGACCUGGUGAUGAGGACCCACUGCCCCCAUAUAAUAUGGUUCGUAACGUGAUGGAUAUGAAUGCACAUUAUGGUGGUUUGAAUGCUGCUUUUUCUGAUGCAAGAAAAUCAGCAUGGGUUAUGAAUGUUGUGCCACUGGGGAUGCGCAAUACACUUCCUCUCAUAGUUGAUCGAGGUUUCAUAGGUGUUCUACAUAACUGGUAAAUUCUCAGUCUGUUUCAUUUAAUGUGGAACAUUUAGACUUGUAUAUAGUGUCAUCAAAAGAAACUUUAUACUGGUGUGAAGCUUUUCCUACAUACCCCAGAACAUAUGACAUGCUUCAUGCCAAUGGACUCUUUUCACACCUUAGUUCGCAAAGCUGCAGUAUGAUUG